GCCGGGGUGGUCGACCUCGUCAGCGACGCCGCCCUGGUGGUCGACGAGGUUGGCCUGUUCAGCGUGGCCAAGAAGAGUGGGAAGCAGCGGCUGGUCGUGGACGCCCGCCCCGCCAACUUCUGGUUUGCCGACCCCGAGGGCGUCCACCUGGCCACCGGCGCGGCGCUGGCGGCGAUCGAGCUGCCGGACUGCGCCCUCUUGUGGACCGCUUCGGCGGACAUCGCGGACGCCUUCUACAACAUGCAGUUGCCGGGCGCUUGGAGGCCGUAUUUCGCGCUGCCUCCGCUGACUCCUGGAGGCUUGGGCGGGAGGCCGCCCCCGGGCAGCCGCGCGCGACAGCGGCUCUGGCCGCGGCUCGCGGUGCUGCCCAUGGGCUGGUCCCACGCGCUGGCCGUCUGCCAGCGGGUGUCGGAGGCGGCCGCCGACCGCGCAGGGCUGCCAGUGCUGUCCAGGAUCGCGGACCGGAGGAACGGCCCUAGCCUGGGCGCUGGCGCGCACCUCGUGUGCGUCGACAACUUCGCCUCCCUCGCUCUCGACGGUGACACCGGCGACCGCCUGAAAGAUGACAUGGUCGACGAGCUGCGCAGCGGGGGCCUCCCGGCCUUGGUGGCCCAGCGUGCGCCGAGAGCUGACGUGGGCCAUGGGGGUUGCCCCGCUGCUCACGCCGACCUCCGGGCCCGCUGGCUGGGCCGAGUUCUGUGUGCGGAUGCCUCCGAGUGGGGCCGAUGGGUAUGCGAUCGUGAAAUGAGCAACGACGUGGUGGAGAGGAUGGGUAGGAUCCAGGAGGGCUGGCGGCGGUUCCGAGACCCCAGUGCGACGGCGCCCUGGGAGCAGCUUAUCGAGCUCCUCGAGCCCUUGGAGGCCCUCGUCUACUCCGAGUUAUCCUCGAAAGGUCACGUCUGCAGCGACCCGUCGUGCAUCCAGGAGCCCGUCGCCCCCGUGGACAAAGGCAGCCACCACGCGGAGCCCCAGGAGACCGACUUCGAGCCUCUGGAAGUGCAUCACAUCUCAGGGGACUGGGUUGUCAUCUCGAGCGGGGCCUGGGAGAGGGAGGAGCGCAUCGCAGCCUUGGAGGGGGGGAUGGCGCGCAUCUGCCGCCAGUGGGCCGCUCUCGUGGUGGCAGGAGGCGUCGCCGCGGCGCUGCGGUGGAUCCCGUCGGAGGCGAACCCGGCGGACCUGCCCUCCCGCCGGGCGCUGAGGGCGGACAGGCAGGUGCUGACGCCAGCGCCGCUCGUGGCGACGGUCCCGCGCCAGGCAGUAGCGGCGCGCCCCAGCCAGGCGACGGCCUCGCAGCGAGGCCAGCGCCGGGCGAGACGCAGCCACCUGUCAAAGGCGGCGGAGGCGGCCGCCAAGCGUGCGGGGAGGGCCGCGGCGCGAGCGCCCGAGGCAGCCUUCCCUCGCUCCUCGGCGGGUCAUGUCCUGAGGGCCCUCUCGAUCUCGGCGACCACGAGGGCCAAGUACACGCGCCUCUGGGCCGAGUUCGUGGCCUGGAUGACGACCGUGACCGUGGCCCUCCGCGCCGAGACGGCGGACGACCUGCUGGCGCACUGGAUGGGCCAGCAGUGCGCCGAGGGCUGGAACCCCGAGCGCGGGGCCUACAUGCUGGCGGCGCUGAAGUUCAUGAUGCCGCAGUUCCGGCGCGGGGGCCAGGGGCUGCCGAAGGCGCUGCAGGCCUUGCGAGGCUGGCGGAGGCGAGUACCAGCUCGCGCCAGGCUCCCGCUGCCCUGGGAGAUCGUGGCGCUCGUCGCGACUCGCCUGAUCGAUCGGGGUCAGCUGCGGGUCGCCCUCUACGUGCUGGUGACCUUCGCGGGCUACCCGCGGCCGUCGAAGGCGCUGCGGGCCCUGGGGGUCUACGACGAGGUGAUCCCCUUCGACCUGCCUUUCUACAGCUUUCUGCCCAGCGCUCUCCGCUGGCUCAAGGCGGCGACCCACCCGAGCGAGCCGCUGUUCCCGUUCCCUCUCGUGCGCGUCAGCUCCCUGUUCAAGGGGGCGGCGGAGGACAGGGGGCUGGCGUCGCUCACCCCGCAGCUGUAUCAGCUGCGGCACUCAGGCCCGUCGGUGGAGCUGGCACUGCAGUUGCGGACCUUGGCCAGCGUCAAGCUCCGCGGCCGCUGGCGGACCGACGCGUCGGUCGCGCGCUACCUCGAGCCAGGCCGCGUCAACGAGCAGCUGCAGAGGCUGGCGCCCGAGGCGCAGCGCGCGGCCCUGCUGGCCCCAGCACGGCGCUUCCUGGCGCCGCCGAUCUUCGUGGAGGUUUUCUCCGGCGAAGGCGUGCUUGCAGCAGCCUUGCGGAGCGAGGGCGCCCUGGUCAUCGAAUGGGGCAUCGGCUGGGGCGCC